GUAGAUGAAAUUUAUGAACGAUUGGAAGAGCUACUGUCAAAUAUCAAUGAAAAAUAUGUACCUGAGGCUACCUGUUUAUGUGCACAGAUGGAAACUGUUCAAAAGUCCUUUUUCAAACUGGAAUGUGAUCGCAUUAAAGAGAAAUUACGCGUAAUUGUAAAAAAAUUCGAAACGCUGGCGAAUGUUUUGGCCAAACGAAAACUUUUCCUCAUAAAAUUCAAAGAAUUCCGUCAGUAUGUUUUGAUAGAAGAAGAACGAUUACUUGAUAAUAUACGGAUGGUUUCUGAAGGAAAAAUUAGUAAUAUGGAAAGAACUGCGAACGAAAUAAAUGAACUUGUUGAAAUAAUCAGCACCCUUGGAGAUGAAUUGUUGAAAUAUCAGCUCGAAGCAAAGAUGACAAUAUCCGAUGCUUCAAUUUCGAAGGAGAUCGAGAAAAUUCGAAAUUUGCCAUUGAUUAUUGAAGAAGAACCGAGUUGUAUUUCCGAUGAUUUCCAACAAUUUUUCGACACUUCAAAUGAAUUAGAAAAACUUUUUGCAAUAGAAGUGAGUCAAAGCGAACAAUCUGAAGAUGCUUAUCAGUUUAUAUGUCAAUCUCAGAAAAACGGUGAAAGAGAAGCUCAAUUAAUGUGCGAAUUGGAGAUGAUUAUUAAUGUGCUUAACCAAGAAGAAAGAGAAAAGGCUAACCAGCUUUUGCAAGAAUUAAUGCCUAUAAUGGCAAAACGUAAGCAGUUGAGAAAAUCGACUAUCAAUGAUACUAUCGAAAGGGCUUUGGUAUUGCUUUCAAAUAAGGAGGAUCAAGGCGAACUAAAUGUGCAAAAAUAUGUUGAAGAGAAAAAUUUUUUGGCUCUUUCAAAAUUCGAAAGCGAUGAAUGGUUGCCAUUAAAAGAGGAAUUAAAGCAUGUGAAAAUGAUUUGCGAAUCAAAUGAACAAUGGAUCGAAAAGUGCGAAGCUUUGGAAACAACAGCUGCUUUAAUAGAUGAAAAAAUUGCUAGAUUCAAACGUAAAAUGUCAAAAAGAAACAAGCGUGAAGAUAAAAUUAUUAGAAAACUCUCAUCAUUUGGGAGAUGGCUUGAACAAAUGGAAAAUGAUAUUGCAAAGGUUGAGAGCUUAAUUGCAGAAAAGGAUCCAGCGAAACAACGAAAGAUGAAUGAUUUAAUGUUUCAUUUGAAAUCUACUUGUUUAUCAUACAAAAAGCUAGUAGAUAAGCUUGGAACUGUGCAACUAAGACAGCCGCAUUCAGAUCAAGCAAAAGGGCAUUGUAUAAGAUACCAAAAAUUCCUAGAGAAAAUUUCCAAAUGGCCCAUGGAUGAAGAAUUCUCAACUCGAACACAGAUUAUAGAAGAUAUGCCAUCAAUUUCAGUGCGGCAAUUAUCUUUUAAUUCUACGUCAACAUCAGAAUCAUCCGAUAAUAUUGAUGAACAGAUUUAUGAAAUUGAACAAGAAGCAUCAUGGCGAGAUAAAGGACUUUUCGAUGAUACUUUAAUACAAAGGUUAAAGAAGGCCGAUAUAUCAGAUAUCGUACUUGCUUUGCCAGAAAUUGACGUAGAAUUAAAUUUUAUGGCAAGGUAUAUAAACGAAUUAAGUGUUAAUUAUAUUCGAUCGUUGAAGACACUGCCUGAGGCAGAAGAAGAUUUAAGAUGCCUUGAGAAAUUGUCUCGUAAGAUAAUAUGCUUGCAAAAAGAGUGUGGAAAGUUUCUUGGGCGCAUGAGCAGUGAUGAAAAGAUGAUUAUGUGUUCUUUGUUACAUCACCUAAAAUCUUUAGAAGAACCGGUAGAGAAUUUGAUGUCUAAUUUGCGAAACGAGUGUGACGAAGAAAGGUCAUUACGGAAUAAUUACGAUUGUAUAGUGAAAGAGUUAAAUCAUUUAAAUACCGACAUUGAUUUCCGAGCUCAAAAAGAAAUAACUGUCCUCAAAAGACAGUUGGAAAGUCUUCAAUUGCAAAUAGAUUUACUUCGAGCACAAUGUGCACAGCAUCGGUCAUAUGUAGAAAAUUCAAUAGAGGGUUCAUCCGCUUCUUCUCCAAGUAUUUCACGUCGGAAAAAAAUUAUCUUAAUGAUGUCGAGAACAGUAACAACUAUCAUAAAGGUCGUCGAAGAUGUGCUCAAAGCGUCACCAAUAUCUAGCGAAAAAAAUUUGAUUGAUUUCAAAUGCAAAUUAAAUGAAAUCAAUAGAUGUAUUCAGAAAACUCCGGUUGAAUUCAAUGCCGACCUGUUAACAUCAUCGGCUAUAGCACUUCAUAAUAAUGUUAUGGAAAUCCGAAAUAGUAAUUUAGAGUUACUGAAUAUGGAUGAACUUAACCAUUUAUAUGAAACAGUAUCAACAAGGCGAGAGCGCAUUGAAGCUAUAUUACGUGCAAUUACGCGUCAAGCAAAUAAUAAAGUGAACUUCAAUAUACCUGAACGUAUCAAUGAAAUAUCAAAAUUAACCGCUUCUGUUAAAGAUUUGGAAGAUGAAAUCUAUGGCUAUUUCUCAAAAACUCUACAAUUUAGAGAAGAGAACAUGAAUAUACAUCAACAUUCAAUAGCAGAAGAUAUAGUGGGACAUGAAAAUAAUGAACGAUUGUUAGCGUUGUUAUUUGAUGAAAUCGAUUGUGAAUUGCCAGAAACAUUGGAUUUCCUUGCUAAGGCAAAAGAAGCACUAAAAUGUUACGAUUUGCUAUCUGUUGGUGAAAAUAUCUGUCGUGGCGACGAGUUGUUAAGAUCGAUCAAGAGUUAUCUCGAUAGACUUAAUGAAUUUGAAGGGCUGAAUGAAGAACAGUUGAAAAAUUUAGAUGAUAAACGUGAAUUGUUAGGAAGCACCUAUGAUCGUAUAAGAUUGCAAAAUGAGGCACUUAAAAGUCGCCAAAUUGCCCUAGGGAAGUGGAUAGAUAUUAAAUCUCAAUUACAACUUGAUGCAACAGCGCUCAUUGAUGAAGCGAAACAAUUCAAAGAAAAAUAUCUAUUAGUGCAGCCUUUGUCGGUCGCAACUGAUGAUCAAUGUAAAAUAGAACAACUUAAUGCAGAAUUAAAAGAAUUAAAAGAUCAUGCAUGCAGAAAAUUUGACGAAUUCAACGAAAUAACGAAAUGUGAUUUUGAAGCACUUGUCGAUGAACUUGCUAAAUUACGUGCAGACAUUGAUUGGUCUUGUAAUAGUAUUGAGGAGCUUAUCGUGCCUUUAAAAGAAGAUAUUAAUUGGGCAAAUGAUUUAAUUGAUCGAAAUAACACAUUUUUGUCAAAUAUGAUUGAAAUAGAUACGAGGCUAGCGAAUUUUCGUUCAUCACUUGAAAAUACACAGUCGAAUGAAAUCGAUGAUCUUCGUAAAGAUUUGCAAAAAAUUAGUAAUGAAUUGAGAAUAUUGCAAGAACGAGAAAUGAUUCCUGAACGAUUAGUUAAAAAACCAGGUUUAAUUCAAAUUGCAAGUUUGAAAGCGAAAUUCGAUGAAGUUGAACGUGCUUUAAAUAGGGAAGAAGAACGCAUAGCUUCAAUAUCGGCGAAUGCAAAUAUGAAAUCAUUAAUAGCAACAGAAAGCGCUUUAAUUCGAGAUUAUAUAGAAAAAGCAAGAAACAUUGAAAAUGAUCCAUAUGCGAAUGAAAAUAAUCUCAGAAAUUUAGCGGAUGAACUAAGAGAGGGACGUAAACGCUUGGAUGCCAUCGAGAAUAUUUAUGAAGAAUUGAAAUGUAUUAAAGAUGAAGAUCCAAUGCGACUCUCAACGCUCAAUGAAGUAGUAGAACUUGCGAACGAAUUUGACAGUAUGAUAUCUGUAAUAAAUGAGCGUUUUGAUAUUUUAAAUCGGUUUAAUGAAGAAGCUAAUAUUAUUGAGGAGCAAUUACGUGGUUUGGAAAAUUCUUUAAAUAUAUUAGAACCUAUAAGUGAUGAUGUUUUACAAGAAAUUCGCAAAGUUUUCAAUAUGCUUUCGCCUAAUUCAAUUCAAUCACUUAAUGAUAUGAUACAAUGUCUUACACCAAUGAUUGAACCAAAACAUCGCUUUGAUGAUAUAAUUACAUAUAAAAAUGAAUUGGAUAAAAAACUAGAGAAAAUUCUUUUCGAACAUGAGCAAAUCGAAAAUGAACGUAAAGCUAAAGAAGCCGAAUAUGAAGAUGCAAUCAGCAGUCUUAAGCGAGAAAUGGAGAAAGCUGAGAGUGAUUUUGACGAAAUGAAACCAUCUUUGGCGCUUAUUGAAAGUUUUAAGGAAAAAGUUUUAUCAAAACUAUUAGAUAAAGUUUACCAAUUAGGUGAAAUGGUUCCUUUUUCGGAAACCGAAAAUUUCACUUCUUUAAAUGAUCGCAUUGAUAAACUUAUACAUGGGACGGACAAAAAAAUAGAAGAUGCUAGAAAAGAAGAGGAACUUAUGAAUGAAAAACGAGGAGAGCUUGAUGAUAUCGAACGUCAAUAUGACGAUAUUAGUUCAAAAUACGCUAUUCCUCAAGAUUUGCCCAUUGCUGUUGAGGAUGUGAAACGUUUACAGUCACUUUUGAAUCGUUUGGCUGUAUUCGACGUUAGCGAUAUUACAUAUGAUGGAUUGAUGGAUGGUAUUUUGAAGAGGAUUGAUAAAUUAAAGGCAUCGAUUGAGCAUUUCAUUGAUUCGUUGGAGAAGCAGAUUGCUGAUGAACUUGAUCUCUUCAAUGAAUUGCGUGAUUGCUUAUUGGAAUUAACAUUCCUUGGAGAUAAUGUACUGUCAAUUGAUAUCAGUGAAUUAAACACGAAUCAAUUGGAAAGUAUUAAUGUUUUGUCAGAAAAUUUGCGCCAGCUAAAACCAACUGUAGAAAAUUUAGAAAGGAAACUACAUAUUUCUGCAUCUAAUUUGGUGAAACGUGCUCCAACACCUGAUAAUUUAUCAUCUCGCCUAGCUCGUUUGCAACAAGCUUUGAAUCAGCGAAAAGAGGAUAUUGUUUGCAAAUCUAAAAUUCAAGAAUUAACGCAGGCAGUGGAUCUCAUAUCAGCAACAAUUCAAAUUAGAACUAAUGAACUGGAACAUGAAAAGUUAAAUUCCACUGAUGAAUAUAAUCUUAUUGAUUUGGAAACAAAAAAACAUCAAUUAGAAGAUAUUAUUGAGAAAAUUCCAGAAGGCGAUGAAGCAUUAGCUUUACGCGAACAAAGCAGUCUGCAGUUAGGUUUUCUUAACGACUUAUUGAAAUGUUUAGCGGCAAAGGUUGGCAAUAAAUUAGCUGCACUUACGCGAUUUAAUGCAGCUAAAGAUGAGAUAGACGCACAGUUAUGUUCCAUUGAUUAUAACAUUGAAGAUAUGCAUUCGGACUCAGUGCCAUUGAUUGAUGAAAAUCUUAAUCAUAUUCAGAACAAAAUUAAGACUAUUGAAAAAUUCAAAAGUAGAAUUGAAAAUAUGAACGAGCAUGAUCUGGAUGAAAAUUGUUUAAAUGAAAGGGAAGGAUUGUUGAAGAGAAUUGAUGAAGUAGCUAUUGGCCUUAGCAAACAACGCGAAAAUGUUGAAGAGCAGUUGAAAAACGCUAUUAAUCGAGAAAAGAUGCAUAAAGAAGCAAAACAUCUUGUUGAGGAACUUUUAAAAUUGGUUAAGGAAGGUGAUAAAAUAUUGAACGAUGCAGAAGCUUUACAUUUAGCAUAUAUGAGUGCUUAUAAUGCAUUUGUUAAUCCUCUUGAAAAUGCUACGAAACUUAUUAGUAGUACGCAGCAAGUGGAAGGAUUAUUGGAAGAUUUAAAUGAGGCUAUGCAACAAUCAGUUGUUAUGCAAAAGAAAUUAGAACAUAAGGAUAGUCUUUAUCGACAAUUUGUAAAUGAAUUUGAAAUUGCAAAUGAACAACUUGAAAAAUUGCGCAAACCAGUAUAUGAAAUUAGAGAAAAAUCUUUACGAGACGUCGAAGAAGCUAUUGAUGAUUUAAAUUAUCUUAAGGCCGCAUACGAAAAUUUUGAUGAUUUGAAUAAAUUCUUGCGUAAAUUACAAGAUCUUUCGGAACAACUUGAUCCACAUGAGGCAGCCUAUACGGAAGUGCGCUUCUUUGAUAAUGACAUCGUAGGUGUUUUCGAACAAUACGAAAGUCUUAUGUCAAUAUUGGAUAGUGAAAUAAAAGAUGAAAAUAUUUUGAAUGAAUCAGCUCAUCAACUUAUUGUUGAAUUCGAUCAACUUACAAGUGAACUUAAUAGUGAUUUGAAUGAAGAAGAACACUUAAAAGAUAUUUUAAAUUAUCAUUUGCCUGCUCUCGAAGAACAAUUGAAAAUGUUGAAAUGCAAAGAUGAUGAUGCAAGACGAAUGCGGCAACAUGUUAAUCGUGUUUCUGAACCAUCAAUUGAAAAAAUUACUGAUACUAAAAUGAAUCUAAUAGAAGUCGUUGAGAAGAAUUUGAAAAAUAUGGAUGAUUUGAAAAAGCAAGAAAAAUUGAAGUAUAUACAAGAAGAAAUGAGCAAAUUACAAUCGUUGCCAUUAAAUAACGAACAUUUAAUUAGAAUCGAGGAACAACUUCAACAAUUACCUGCUGAUGAUGAAUCCGUAAAAGAAUUAAUGAAUCAAAUUGGAGCUAUGCGCGUUAGAAAUGAUAAUGAACGUGAAAUAUUACAGAAACAAUCGUUUAAUAUACUUGAAAAUAUUGCUAAGUUUAUCGAGAAAUCGCUUAAUAAAACAGCCGCAAUGAAAGAUGAAGAGAAGAAAACGUCAGCACAAUGUAUUAUUAUUGAACAAAUUAAUACAUUAAAUUCAAUGAUUGAAAAAGUCGAAAACGAUUUGCUUCCACAGUUAGAUGAACUAUCCAAUAAAUUGCAACAACAAAACCUGGAUGAUAGUAAUGUUUUAUCUGUAAAAAAUCAUGCUCAAAAAUUGAAUGAGCAAUGUAAGGAACAGCGGAAAAAAUUAAUUCAAUCAAAGGCUGAAAAUACCGCAACGAUUGAUGUGCACAGUCUUUUUAAUGAGCUGUCCUGUCUGGAACAAAGAGCUCACAAUAUAUUUCAAAAUGAACCCUCUUCUUCAUAUAUAGCUGAAACAUUAGUAGCCUUGAAUAAUGCUCUCUCUUGUGCGUCGAGAGCUAUUUGCGAUGCAGAAAGAGUUGGAAAACAAAUGGGAUCUCUUCCUCAAUUUGUACAGUGCUUAAUUAAUACUCAGGAAAAGUUAUCUGAAUUAUCUAAUGCUUUUAAUGAAUUUGAUAAAGAAUGGAUGGAAAUUCAACGCAGUUUUGAAAUCCUGAGUAAUGAAGCAUCCGAAUGCUACAAUAGGCCUCAAAGGCCUUAUAAUGAUGUCUUACGUGAUAUAGAACAUCUAAAGGUUAUAGCAGAUAAUCUUUUCGCACUUAACGUUGAUGAUUCUCUGUCUUCAAAACAUCCGUUUUUAUUAUCCAGGGCGUAUAGAAUGAAACAAGAUAUUAAUGCUGCCGGCGAAGAUAUUAAUCGUUUUAUCGAGGAAGUGCAGAAUGAAUUGAGAUGUCGCGACAAGCUGAAGAAAUCACUAGCACAAGUUGAACGGGAAAUCGUUGGAAUUUAUGAGUUAUUAACGCAAGAAGAAGCUACGGAAACUCAGAAAGUAUUAUCCCACCAGCGAUUACGAGAAAUUCAGUCUGAUUUGAAUAAUGUUGAAGAAAACAUUCGGCGUUUUAAUGAAAAUCGUCAAUAUCUUAUUGAAGAAGAAGAUAUUUCAACAAAGAAAAUUCACGAUUUGCUAGAAUUGAUGGAACAAACCUUGGAUUGUAUUACUGAUAUCACCACCCAAAAUGCUCAAAUCGAUGUUGAUAUUGCUGCUGAUGUUUUGGCUGCAUUAUAUCCAGAUAUGGAUCCUCGUCAAAUUCUUAUAGAACGGAAUAUUUUAAAUGCUUUUGGCGAAGGUGAAAUUACUGGAAAUGAGGUCGCCAUAGAGCAAGAUGGUGCCAAUCCUCAUUUCAGUGGAAGACAUGCAACGUCUUUUAUUGACGGCGAAGUUUCAUCUGUUGGUGAAGAAGAUGAUCAAGUGGUUUCUCCAAUUCCGGAAGAUCCUGUCCAUGGUGCAAUACCUUAUGAGCGUCAGCGUUCGCGUUGGAGACGAAUCUUACGAACUGCAUUACCUAUUCAAUUAUAUAUUAUACUUAUUUUUUCGCAUUUAGUAUUGUUUCAGGCUUUAUUAGUGUUAUUGCUUGGUGCAGCUUGUCUUGUUCCACACUGUGACGAAGAAUAUUGUUGUCAUUUAAUGAAUAAUUUCGCCAGGAGCUUCGAUACAUCGUUACAGUUCUUGAAUGGUCCGCCACCAUUCUAA